AACUGAAUGAAAACAUUUAAUAUUUCCUUUUAGGUCACAUUGCAAAUGAGUAUCCAGUCUUAGUUUAGUUUAGUCUCUUUUCUGUGUUUUUUUCUGUUGUUGCAGUAACGUAUAAAUAAUUUCAUCAUUAUUUGUAAAUCAUCCAGAGAGUUAAUAUGUUGCGCUACAUCAGCAGGAUCAAGACGGUGGUCACUGUUGCAUGCCUUCUUCUCGUCUUUUUGGGGGCUUCCUAUAUCUACUCAGAUCAUCUUACAUCAUCCUUCAGGUCGGUGCACUCUCGGAUAUGCUUGGGGAGUGAGUUCCAGUGGGAAGGGACAGCUGAGGAGAAGACUCUGUCGCCCCAGGUCCGGUGCUUGAGUGGUGGAGACAAAAGCGUUUGCCCAGAAAGCAGCUGGAAGAUCGGAGACCUAACAAUGCAAACUGGAGUGAAAUGUGCUCAGCCAAGUACACAGCAUGGACGCACUGAUGUGAACUCAGUGACAAACUGGAAUGCUCCUCUGGUUUGGGAGGGAACCUUCGAUCCGGUGGUUAUCGAUGCCAUCUAUAAGAAAAUGGACCCAAGAGUUGCUGUGGUGGUGUUUGCAGUUGGCAAAUACACACGUUUCCUGCAGGGCUUCCUGACGUCGGCUGAAAAGUACUUUCUUGUUGACUUCAGGGUCACUUACUACAUCUUCACAGACAACGAAAAAGAUGUCCCCAAAAUUAAACUGGGUAAGGGCCGGAAAAUCUCAGUUGUCACCGUCCCCAGUGUCACCCGCUGGCAGGACGUAGUACUUGGCAGGAUGAAAUGGGCCACCAUCACCAUUGACAAACAGAUACGUAAUGAAACAGACUAUCUUUAUAUGAUGGACAUCGAUAGUGUCUUCCACAACCGUUUUGGAGCCGAGUCUUUCAGUCGGCUGUCUGCUGUGCUUCACCGUGGCUACUACAAGAAAGGAAGGAAUGAGUUUCCGUAUGAGCGUCGUAUCGAGUCCAAGGCCUUCAUUCCUGCUGAUGAAGGAGACUACUAUUACACUGCUGCUGUCUGGGGUGGAUACCUGGAGGACAUGUACAAGCUAGUCAAAUACUGUUACAUGCAGUCGGAGGAGGACGCCAAGAAUAAGAUUGAAGCUGUGUGGCAGGAAGAGAGUCACCUCAACAAGUACCUGCUGUACAACAAACCAACCAAGGUGCUGUCUCCAGAGUAUCUGUGGUCAGACUAUGAUACGAAACCAGCAGACAUUAAAGUCAUCAGGAUCUCCCAGUUGGUCAAGAACUAUGAAGAAGUGCGGCCCAAUGGUGGACACUGAUGCUCGCUCACAUUCAGUUAGCGCGUGCAGACGGGCGAGCGCGAGCAACAGGAUGCUGACUUUCGUUGACUAAAUGGCCACAGGUGUCGCUGUUACAAUCAAUUUCUGAUUCUUACAAACAAUCCCUUUAAAACAGUGGAUUCAGGAUGAAAUGCCACUGCGCUUUGUGCUGUGGAGUUCUUCCCCUCUCUGCCUAUAGUCGGCGUCAGGACACCUCAGCUUCAUUACCGCUUCCACUUUGUAUCGUCUGUGCUUUUCUUUUUUAAGGUGAACACAUAAUCUGGACUUUUAUUGCUUUAGUGCACGUGUGUCAUCUGGUUUCUCUGGGAUUUGCAGUGUACUACCUU